CAAAUACCAGCAACUGAAUCUGAAUGUUGACGCCCUGACACCACAAACAGGAGCAGCAGGCGCUUUCCACGUGAUACGGUGAUAUUCCCGCCCGGAAGUCACUUAGGGACAGGAAAACACGAUCUGGCGUUACUGCGUUGCUCGGCGACGUUCCUCCAUGGUUGUGGGUUGUGGAUUCUGAACAGGGCUGUCUCACGACAACUAUUCCGAAACUAUAGAGCUGGCAACGUGGGAAAAUCAAGUCAAGUGACUAAGUGGUCAAAGUCCAAGCGGUCCAGUCUAAGUUCGAUCAAGUUGCUUUCGUGUAUUCACCACGCAUGGUGCCUAGUAAACUUGUCGCUGUACACAUAUGAUUACUAUUUACACAAGUCAGCAGCUGAUAGAUGUCUGCUGCCAGCGAACGUGGCCGGGGUCGCGGCUGUGGCCGCGGCAGACAUAGGGCGGCACACACCUCUGGUCAGCAACGCUCUUCCGGGGAUGAUGCAACAUCACUUCAGCACCAGCAAAUCGGGCCAGGACGACGGAGGAGACGGGCGCACGGAGGCCGAGCUCAAAACCAACCUAGUAUUCCUUCUGCUUCCAAUACCACAUUGCUCUUCAGCUAUCAACGUGGUCAGCAAGAAGAUGGCCCUGCACCGUCCAUCCUAGAUGCCACAGUUGAACAGACUCAAGUGCAAGGAUCGGCCUGCCGAAGCCGGGGCCCUCUUCAUCGAAAUCAAGAAGAGGAUAUCGAAGGAAAUGGAGGUUCAGGAACAAGUAAGAGGGAUACCUCUGCAGGUGCCAUACCAAAAACCGUUCGCUCACGGGGAUUGGAAGUAUCAACUUUGGGACAAGACACUUUGGAGCCCGGAAGACUGAAUAACACUGAACGAACAACUCUCCUUCUGCCUACCUAUGAGCAACUAAUUCUCCGUAGUGCAGACUCUGAUGGCACAGGUAUGCACAGCAGGUCAUUGAGAGCAUUUAAUGAACAUUUGAGGUCGUGCCUCACUGGAGCAACAUCCAUUGGUUUCUUCUGCUUGAAAGAGCGGAGGUUCGUACCAGGUCGUGGCCUUGGCUGGGCACUAGAACCGCAGCCGCAGGUCUCCAGUGGGAGAGUAAUACUCUUAAAAGACACCGAAAAGAGGCAGAUCUAUUACGGGGAAGUGGUCAGGCACAACAAGGAAGUGCUCGCUGUUUUGUAUAAUUCUGAGCUUGCCACGAACUGUGCCAGUAAGUUGGAGAUUGCAGAUGCUGGGAUGAGUGCUUCUUUUUUCUGGGCAUUAACCACAGCCCUUAGCGAGCAGCCCGUGAGAGCACACUUCGAUAUUUUGAGUGGGUAUACAGCUGCUGUUCCGGCAUCUUCAAUAUUUUUGCACCAGAUACCACUCCGCUUUGAAAGCCUCGGACAUUCGGGACGUCACUGGCCAGACGACGUAAGUACACUGGACGAACGGCAGUACGGUGCUCUUCGUUCUGCCAUUACGAACGCCAUAACCACGGUGCAUGCACCGCCUGGAAGUGGAGGGACUCGUCUUGCAUCCUGCAUUGUGAGAAUGCUUUUGGACAACUCACGUGUCUGGUACGGAAAAAAGCAGCCGGCAUUGAUUGUCACAGAAGACGUCUCUCCCUUCAAUGCUUGCGUCCCUGACUCGCAAGUCUUCACGCUUGGUAAACAUCUCGUUGUGGUUCAGCAUCCUAAGUCCUUAGGGGAAACCGCAACGGCUACUCCCGAUGUUGUUCAUGCGAAACGUCAACUUGACGAAGCUCUUGCAAGAGUUGUCAACAUUGCGUCUGUCCUUAUGGCCCCGGAACUUCGCGUCCUGCAUCAAGAUGAAUUGAAGGACUUCACAAGAUCAUUUUCUCACAAGUUGGGGCAAGAGAGAAAUUAUGUACGGGAGUGGCUCUUUUAUGGGACGAAUCCUGAAGAAGUCGAGCGUGUUGCUAAUGCUGAAGCAAUGAAUUAUGAUGCAGUGUGUAAACGCUACUGGGACAUUUUGAAACAUGAUGAAAACUCCAACAGGAAGUUUGGGAAACGGGUGGUCCAAGGCAGAAUGGAGUUGCAGCGAGGGCAGCAAGGGCACUUCCUGCAGAAUGUGUACAUGAAAAACAUUUACCUAUGGAAGAGGCUUCCCAACACUCAAAGCGAGUGUCUUCCUGAUUUGGCGCACGUCAAGGAUAUCUACUCCCUCGACAUUAGAGACAAGUGGAUUCUGUACAACUUGUGGGUAUCACGUUUCAGAAGUUCUAACCAUCGUCAACUGUGCAUGGCACAAGAGCAAGUCACCCGCGAAAGUCAAGUGUACAACAGGCUUUCAAAAGAAUCCACGACAACUCAAGUUGUUGGCAAGCCAGUUGUUGUGGUAAGCCCCCAUGCUGCUGUAGAGCACAGAUUUUUACUACAGGCACUCUGCCCACGGAUUCUGAUGGUACUUGGAGCCCAACGGGUUGGAGACUUUCUGCUCCCAGGUAUCAUGUUUCCUAGCAUCGAGCAAGUAGUGCUUAUUGGAAACAACUUUGAUGCAGCACAAGUGAAUGGCCCUUUGUGGCACCGGGUUCAUCAUAGCGGUGGUACUACUGGGCACUAUGAGCUGAACAUGCAGUAUGUAUUGCCACAGAACAUCUGCACAGUAUUAAGUGCAUGCACUGGUGAAAGCAUGGUAUCACGCAUUUCUACGGAUCUGUCUUUAAGGGGUGUGAAAGAGCCCAUAAGGUUCUUCAACAUAAAGCAAAGGGACAUGGCCUUGUUAAUGCUCGUUCGGCUUGCAGCUCACUUUGUAAGUCAUGGAUAUGGAAACGGUAGUCUUGCCGUUUUAACCCUGGACUCCGACGGAGACACACUACAUCGUUUGCAGUCAGUUCUGGAUGCUAAAGGAGUCAACAUUAAGGCCACUUCCAUCCAUUCAUGGUACCCACGUUGCACUGUGAUAAGCGUUAUCUAUGCUAGUGCAAAGUCUAGUGGAAAAAUGUUUGCUGCUGCAAUAAGUCGUAGUCUGUGCGCCGUUUAUGCCUUCGGUGAUGUCCCUCCUGAGGACGAAGAGUUCCAGAACAUUGUGAACGCAUCAAGGCACAUCUCACUGGGUCCCCUGACCUUAGAAUGCAUCAGGCACCCAGGGAAGCCUGUCUUUAUAUCAAGCCCUCGAGACUUUACGACAAAGUUCAGCGACAACGGCAGCUGCAGAGAACGAUGCGGCAAAACGCUACAUUGUGGUCACACCUGCUCUGGUGGAUGCCACACGGGAGCACACAUUCAGCGGUGCGAAGAACAAGUUAGUGUCACCCUCUCUUGCGGACACUCAGGAAUGGCGUGCUGCAGCGAUGCAGCAUUGUACGCUGCUGCCGACCCCUUGCUGCAUCUAAAUAGGAGCCUACGCCUUCCUCCAUGUAAUGUAAUGGUUCGAGCGACGCUUCCAAACUGUGAACACCAUGCAGAGUUCCCCUGCUUUUCAAAGGACAGGGAUCGCUUGACUUACCAGUGCAUGGAGCGUGUGUCCACUCUAAGCUGCGGGCAUUCAGCUUCCAUCCUCUGUCACGAGCAGAAAAGAUUUUUGUGUCAGCAGCGUGUUACCCAGACACUCCCUUGUGGCCAUCGUGUUACCAGAACUUGUUGCGAUACAUCCAUGUGUACCCUGGAGGUAGAGAAAGAACUUCCCUGUGGCCACACCGUGGUGCUUGAGUGCUGGAUGGCAACUUCCAACUAUUGGAAAUCAAAGUCCUGUAACGUAAGAGUGCGCACUAAGCUUCCAGACUGUGAACACCACGUGGAGUUUCCUUGCUCGUCCGUAUCAACUGAUCGCCUGAAUUACCAGUGCAGAGAACUUGGCGCCACACUUGACUGCGGCCACAAGGCAGAGGUUGUUUGCUGCAUGAGAAAGAAGUUUCCGUGCCAACAAAUUGUGGAGAAACGUAUGCCCUGUGGGCAUUUAGUUCGUCGGGCGUGCUCUUCGUGCGAUUUGCCUUGCAAGGAACGUGUUGAGAGAACGCUUGCUUGCGGUCACCAAUUGUGGAUGGAUUGUGGUGCAGAGUUGAGAAGCGCCUCGUGCAGUGUGGUUGUGGUGAAACAGCUAGAAUGCGGCCAUUCUGUUUCUAGGAGGUGCUCAGACAACAGCAGUUGCCAGAUGCGGUGUUCUAAUAUUAUUGCUAAGUGCAGACACAGGUGCUCAUUGCCCUGUGCACACAAUCAGGGUAAUCCACUAAGGCACGAAUGCAAGAAAUGUGCAGACAAGUGUCUCAUAUCGUGAUUUGGCAGUACGGGGAGUGUCUUAUGAUGGCAGUACCUCUUCCGUUUGCCUUCAGUUCUAGAUGAGUAAUAGAUGGAAGCCACCGAGAACAGGUGUUAAGAGUGCCUUCUGUAAUUAUUUUUGCACUUGAUUUGAAAUUGAUUUUGCCGUUUUAAUAUGUUUAUUUUUAUGCUUGAUGAAAACAAACUUUUUGAAGCAAAAGUGAAACUUUGCAUGCAGAACCUUGUGUCGAGUUUGCAUGUACAGUGAGUCUGCAUGUAAAAACCUGUAUCACUGCUUUCACGUUGCAAAUAGAUAUGCUACAUGUCAUGCAGGCCUGGGAUUGAAGCAUUGUACACAUUUGGAGCAGUAAAUGGGUGUAGUUAAAUGUGGCAAGGAGAAACGGA